AGUCCUGAUGUCAGCGCCGGCGGAGAUUUUAAAAUUCAAACCGCCUCUUCGUUGACCGAGACGGAAGGUCCUGUUUUGGCGGCUGCUUUCAUGUGCCGUCGUGCAAUUUGCUGAAAGCUGGACUCUUGGUCUUGUUGAGAAGCCGAGAGAAAGGUUACAAGCAUGAAGCGCAGUUCAGCUUCCACCUGUGGUGCUGGCCGCCUCUCUAUACAGGAGUUAAGGUCCCUGGACCUCAAUAAACCAGAUCUUCAUACCCCUCAAACCAAAGAGAGAUUGAACUUUGGAAAGCUGAGUACACAUAAACCUACAUCUGAAAGAAAAGUCUCAAUAUUUGGGAAAAGGACAAGCGGAUAUGGAUCCAGGAAUAGUCAACUUGGUAUAUUUUCCAGUUCUGAAAAAAUCAAGGACCCAAGACCCCUUAAUGACAAAGCAUUCAUUCAGCAGUGUAUUCGACAACUCUAUGAGUUUCUUACAGAAAAUGGUUAUGUAUAUAGUGUAUCCAUGAAGUCUCUACAAGCUCCAUCUACUAAAGAUUUCCUAAAGAUCUUCGCCUUUCUUUAUGGCUUUCUGUGCCCAUCAUAUGAACUUCCAGAUACAAAAUGUGAAGAAGAGGUCCCAAGAAUUUUUAAAGAACUUGGGUAUCCCUUUGCACUGUCCAAGAGCUCCAUGUAUACAGUGGGAGCCCCUCACACAUGGCCUCACAUCGUGGCCGCCUUGGUGUGGCUAACAGACUGCAUCAAGAUUCAUAGUGCCAUGAAAGAAAGCUCACCUUUAUUUGAUGAUGGGCAGCUUUGGGGAGAAGAAACUGAAGAUGGAAUUAAACAUAAUAAGUUGUUUCUGGACUACACCAAAAAAUGUUAUGAGAAGUUCAUGACCGGGGCUGACACCUUCGAAGACAUGGAUGCCGAGCUGCAGGCGAAGCUGAAGGACUUGUACAAGGUAGAUUUGUCCAAGCUGGAAUCUCUAGCAGAAGAAAACAAAACACUAAAUGAACAGAUUGCAAGACUGGAGCAGGAAAGAGAAAAAGAACCGAAUCGUCUGAUAUCAUUGAGGAAACUAAAAGCUUCCUUACAAGCAGAUGUUCAAAACUAUAAAGCAUACAUGAGCAAUUUGGAGUCUCAUUCAUCCAUUCUGGAACAGAAAUUGAGUAGUCUUGAUGAAGAAAUUGGUAGAUUAGAGCUAGAACAUGAAACAGUUAAACAGGAAAACACUAGACUACAGAGUAUCAUUGAUAACCAGAAGUUUUCAGUCGCUGACAUUGAGAGAAUAAAUCAUGAGAAAAAUGAAUUGCAGCAGACUAUUAAUAAAUUAACCAAAGACCUGGAAGCUGAACAACAACAAAUGUGGAAUGAGGAAUUAAAAUAUGCCAGAGGCAAAGAGGCGAUUGAAGCACAGUUAGCAGAGUACCACAAGUUGGCUAGAAAAUUGAAGCUUAUCCCAAAAAGUGCUGAGAAUUCCAAAGGUUAUGACUUUGAAAUUAAGUUUAAUCCUGAGGCUGGUGCCAACUGCCUUGUCAAAUACAGGACUCAAGUGUAUGCACCUCUCAAAGAACUCUUGAAUGAAACCGAAGAAGAAAUUAACAAAGCUCUGAAUAAAAAGAUGGGUCUGGAAGAUACUUUAGAACAACUGAACACCAUGAAAAUGGAAAGCAAGAGGACUGUGAGGAUGCUGAAGGAAGAGGUUCAGAAGCUAGAUGACCUUUACCAACAAGAAGUUAAGGAAGCUGAGGAAGAAGACAAAAAGUGUGCCAGUGAGCUUGAGUCCCUAGAGAAACACAAGCACCUGCUGGAAAGCGCUGUGAAUGGGGGCCUCAGCGAGGCCAUGGAUGAGCUGGACACCGUCCAGCGGGAAUACCAGUUGGCUGUGCAGACCACAACUGAAGAAAGAAGAAAGGUGGGAAACAACUUACAACGUCUUUUGGAGAUGGUCGCUACACACGUAGGGUCUUUGGAGAAACAUCUUGAAGAGCAGAAUGCCAAAGCUGACAGAGAAUAUGAAGAAUGCAUGUCUGAAGGUCUCCUGGAAAACAUCAGAAAGAUCGCAGAGAAGUAUAAGAAUAAUGCUGCCCAACUUAAGGCUCCUGAUGAAUGAAGAUAAACUAAUCUUUCAUAGAUAUUCAAUCCCAAAAUUAUGAUAAUGUGGUAGAUUGGCCUUUUAGACAUAUCAGUUAAUAAAGUGCACUAGUGAAGUG